GAGCAUGCUUUGCUCUGGGGGCCUGACGCUGCAUGCCUGAAGGCAAACCGUCGCGGUCGGCCCCCGCCUUGCGCCGCCGGGCCUUUUCCAGUGAUGCUGCUCGUUCCCCGUUUUUCGCCCGACUUCGACUGGGGAAGAAAAGGAGGCCGGCGAGGGGGGCGAAAGUUCUGUACCACUGCAGGCCGUGCUUGGCACUGUGGUGUUGUGCGAGGCUGCGCAGUUCGACGCAAUGCUGUCUUGUGUCAUGGUAUGCGAUGCAACAUUCAGUUUGCUUGCAACGUGCUUUGCCAGCGCCCCCCCACGCAAUGGUGUGCUACGUGAGGCUGGCUGAAGCUACGCAGUGUUGCCAAUAUGCUAGAGGCCCUAUGCUUGCUACGCAUUUGUUAUUCGACAUUCUGCGGUGUGUUGUGUGUGUAUGUGCGUGGGACCUGCCGCAUCCCGAUGCUUCGUCGCUGCGGUGAAGAGAAAGGUGUCUUCCCUCAAGGACGUGAUGAUCCCGAGGUUGCCCGUCCCCUUUGCUAACCAAGCCCCUUCACUCGGGAGGCACAGUUCAUCGCCCUGGUUCGCGAUGCGCUCAGGGACGCGCAGAGCGCCGCAUUGGAGGAGAAGGCCGCACAUGAGCGGAGCAUCGGAGAGGAACGAGCCGCCGCUGAGGCGAACGAGGCUCUGCUUGGCAAGGCCGCGUCCGCCGCCGAGGAGAGGGCCAGGGUGCUGGCCGAGAAAGAGGAGCUGUGUCGCCAGGCGGAGCAGAGGUUGGAUCAGGCGCAGCGCGACUACGAGCAGAUGGAGGGCAGCGCUGGCCGCAGGCAGAGCCUGGAGCACCUCGAGCACAGCCUCUGGGAGCAGAGGGAGGUCAGGUCCCUGCUCGACCGCGUGGCGGCGCUUGAGGAGGGUCGCUGGGACGAGGACGCGAUCGGCCAGGUCUUGGCCGUGGAGGCCGUGGUCGGGCGCCUCGCAGACAUCGUCGGGGCCGGGGAGGCGCUCGCAGCGGCUGCGCGCCCGGCUCUCCGGGCAAAGAGGGAGGAGCGUGUGCAGUGGGACAACGUGGUCCUGGAGCACGUCAGGAGGGCUCUUCAGGCGCGGUCCCUCAGCGUCGACCAGCAGGUGAGCGCGGCUCGCACAGGUAAGGACCACGUCGACGCCGAGCACCUUGGGCUAUGGGCGCUUGCCGACGUGGCCCGGGACCAAGCGGCAUUCGCCGCGGACGCCUGCUCUCGGGCGAGGGCCGCGGUCGAGGCCGCGAACUCAGCGCGGGACGAGGCCGAGAAGAGAACCGAGGCGCAGAAGCUGCGCGUCAAGGAGGCGCUGGAGGCGUCCGGGUUGGCGUCGGAGAGGGCGCGCCUGGCGGAAGGCGCCCUGGCAGCGCUCGAGACGCUCACCGUCGGAUCGAGCCAGGACGUGGAGAUGUGCGAGCUUGGGGCUGCCGAGGUGGUUGAGCCUAGGGGUGCGGCCGUGGGCUCCUCCAGGGGCGUCGCAGGCGCGGAGGAGUGGUAUAUCGGCGCGGCUGGUGACGAGGCGGCCAUGGUCGUGCCCAAGGAUAGAGACGCGGCCUUUUCCAAGAGCGCCAGAUGCCUUUUCCAAGAGUGUUUUGUGAGGCAGUGAGACUCAAUGUGUUGGGAUAUUCCCUGGCGUGCCCUCGGUCGAGCUCCAAGCGACCCCUAGGAUGCCCAGAGAAGGGGACGGACGAUCGUCGCGCGUCCGUGCGCAACAGCCUCGGGAUCCCGACGCCCAUGAUGUCGUGAGCUGCAGCGAGGGAAGGUCCGUUUGGUCUCGGCAAACGCUGAGCCGUUGGUGGGGCCCGAGGUGGGUGGAAUCGUCUACCUCCGUGUAGGCAUCUUGUCUAGAUGGGACCGGCUGAUGUCCAGAUCGGCAGCCCCGGGCAUGGCUGUCACUGGCGUCUGGGUCCAUCUCCCAGGGGUGGCGCGAGCGGCCAUGUGGGAUAUGCGGCUGCCAGGCGCGCUGGGCCAAAGUCUCCGAAGAGGAGGCCGGCUGUCUAUCCCUCCUUUCCUCCCUAUUCAUUCUUCG